GAAGCCCCUCCUCCAGUGCCGCAGGCUGAGGGGCAAAUCACUGCCCCAUUCCUGAAGCUAGUUGUCACCUCUUGUCGUGCGGGUCUGGGUUGCUGGGCUAUUUUGAGGAAGUUGCUGCGUCUGGGGCUCGUGACUGGCUCGCGUGACCCAGACACACAAGAUCCUACACGCAGCGACAUGGUCUCUCUGGUGGCUCUGCUGCUAGGCGCACUGCUGUGGGUCCCCGGCUGGGCACUGCGCUGCUAUGGGGACUCCGGGCAGCCCGUAGACUGGUUCGUGAUCUACAAGUUGCCGGCCCAGAGCGGCCCCGGAAAUGAGGCGAGGAAGGGACUGCGCUACCGCUACCUGGACGGUAGCUCGGGAGGCUGGCGCGACGGCGCGGGGCCCAUCAAUAGCUCUGAGGGUGCUGUGGGCCGCAGCCUGCAGCCACUGUAUCGGGCCAAUGCCAGCCAGCUCGCCUUUCUGCUGUACAAUGACCAGCCGCCCAAACCGGUGUGGGCUCCGGACACUUCCAGCAAUGGGCAUGCGAAGGGUAUCCUGCUCCUGGACCAAGAAGGGGGCUUCUGGCUGAUCCACAGUGUGCCGCGCUUCCCACCACUUCCAUCUUCUGGUGCAUACACCUGGCCUCACAAUGCCCAAACCUAUGGGCAGACCCUAAUCUGUGUGUCUUUUCCUCUCACUGAGUUCACAAAGAUUGGCAGACAACUGGCUUACAUCUUCCCCUUCGUUUUUGACCACAAGUUGGAUGGCAUCUUUGCCCAGAAAUUCCCUGGCCUGAAGGAUGUGGCCAGAGGCCAACACAUUCGCCAGGAACCCUGGAACAGCAGUGUAACACUCAUAUCACAGGCAGGCAUUAAAUUCCAGAGCUUUGCCAAAGCUGGAAAGUUUGGAGAUGAUCUGUAUGCUGGCUGGUUGGCAGAAGCUCUUGGCGCAGACCUGCAGGUUCAAUUCUGGCCAAAUUCUCAAGGUACCCUGCCAUCCAACUGUUCUGGUCCCUUUAAAGUUCUGAAUGUUAAUCAGACGAGCUUCCCUGGGCCUGCUGGACCAACCUUCCAUUCCACAGAGGACCACUCCAAGUGGUGUGUGGCCCCCAGGGAGCAGUGGGCCUGCAUAGGUGACAUGAAUCGGAACCACGGAGAGGAGCAUCGGGGUGGGGGCACAUUGUGUGCCCAGCUGCCGGCUAUCUGGAAGGCCUUCCAGCCUCUGGUGAAGACUUUUAAUCCAUGUAUGGACAACCCCAGGGCCAAGAAGCCAGGAGAGUAAAGAACAAAGGCUCAAGAACCAGACUGACUGGAGUUUGUUCUUCUUAUGGUGCUGGGGAUAGAACCCAGAGUUUGUGCAUGCUAAGCCAGUGCUGUACAGUAAGCUGUAUCCAGUCCUGGAUUUAAGUUUGAAUUCCAAGUCAUUCCCUCCUUGUAUGACCUUAUGUGCCUUAUCCUGUCUGCGAUUCAGCCCAUUUGUCUGCAAAAUGGAAAUAUGUACCACUCAAAGAUCAUUGAAGAGAAAAGGAAAUUGGUGAAUGAAGCUGUUAACCUUUC